CGGACCGCGGCGGCAGCGGGAGGCUCGGUGCGCGCUUGGAGCUCGCCGGUGCCCACCGUGCGCUCGCCUGCUCGGGAUGGCCGGCUACCUGCGGGUCGUGCGCUCGCUCUGCAGAGCCCAGGGCUCCGGGCCGGCCUGGGCGCCGGCGGCCCUGGCGACCCCCACCUUGCAAGAGCAGCCACGGCGCCACUAUGCCGACAAGAGGAUCAAGGUGUCGAAGCCGGUGGUGGAGAUGGACGGGGAUGAGAUGACGCGCAUCAUCUGGCAGUUCAUCAAGGAGAAGCUCAUCCUGCCCCACGUGGACGUCCAGCUCAAGUAUUUUGACCUCGGGCUCCCGAACCGUGACAAGACGGAUGACCAGGUCACCAUCGACUCCGCCUUGGCCACCCAGAAGUACAGCGUGGCUGUCAAAUGUGCCACCAUCACCCCCGACGAGGCCCGCGUGGAAGAGUUCAAGCUGAAGAAGAUGUGGAAGAGUCCCAAUGGAACCAUCCGGAACAUCCUCGGGGGCACCGUCUUCCGGGAGCCCAUCAUCUGCAAAAACAUCCCCCGGCUGGUCCCCGGCUGGACCAAGCCCAUCACCAUUGGCAGGCACGCCCACGGCGACCAGUACAAAGCCACAGACUUCGUGGUGGACCGGGCGGGCACCUUCAAGAUGGUCUUCAGCCCGAAGGAUGGCAGCAGCGCCAAGGAGUGGGAGGUGUACAACUUCCCUGGAGGCGGCGUGGGCAUGGGCAUGUACAACACCGACGAGUCCAUCUCGGGUUUCGCGCACAGCUGCUUCCAGUACGCCAUCCAGAAGAAGUGGCCGCUGUACAUGAGCACCAAGAACACCAUCCUGAAGGCCUACGACGGGCGCUUCAAGGACAUCUUCCAGGAGAUCUUUGACAAGCACUAUAAGACCGACUUCGACAAGAACAAGAUCUGGUACGAACACCGGCUCAUCGACGACAUGGUGGCUCAGGUCCUCAAGUCUUCCGGCGGCUUUGUGUGGGCCUGCAAGAACUACGAUGGUGAUGUGCAGUCGGACAUCCUGGCUCAGGGCUUUGGCUCUCUGGGCCUGAUGACCUCUGUGCUGGUCUGUCCGGACGGGAAGACCAUCGAGGCCGAGGCUGCCCACGGCACGGUCACCCGCCACUACCGGGAGCACCAGAAGGGCCGGCCCACCAGCACCAACCCUAUCGCCAGCAUCUUUGCCUGGACUCGGGGCCUGGAGCACCGGGGGAAGCUGGACGGUAACCAGGACCUCAUCAGGUUUGCCCAGACCCUGGAGAAGGUGUGCGUGGAGACGGUAGAGAGUGGUGCCAUGACGAAGGACCUGGCCGGCUGCAUCCAUGGCCUUAGCAACGUGAAGCUGAAUGAGCACUUCCUGAACACCACGGAUUUCCUGGACACCAUCAAGAGCAACCUGGACAGAGCCCUGGGCAAGCAGUAGGGGCGCCCCCGGGGGGACGCUCUUAUAAAGGGCGUGCGUGUGCGUCUCCCUCACGGCCACGUGAGCGGGAGCAGCGUGUCUUACCUCAGUCAGCCAGUGUCUUUGGCACACUGUAAUUUAUAUCACCCUGGGGACACUUGGUGCCACAUUUAGCUACUAAAGCGCUCUUCGUAAA